AUGACAACAAUUCGAGCAGAAUUAAGAAAACUUGAAACUAUUCUUAACGAUGAUAUUGAAGAAUUUAAUAGAAAAUUAAAUUCAACUCGAGAAGAUAUUUGUAAUUAUAUCCAACGACAAAUUCAACAUUUACUCAAUGUUGAAAAAGAAUAUAAGCAACAAUUUGAUUAUCUCGAUGAAGAAAACCAAAAAACAUAUCAAGAUAAUCGACAACAAUUUGAUAAAUUAUGUUUAUCAAUAAAUCAAAACGAUAAUAAUCCAAUAAUAAUACAAAAAUUACUGAAAGAUUUCCAGCAAACAUUUCCCAUGCGACCAACAAUGUUAAAAUCUAUUCCUGAAUAUUCUUUUAAAGAGAUUCAUGUAAAUAAUUUUAUAUUAAAACAAAAAACAAAUAAAAAUAAAUUUGAAGAUAACAUCUUAACAUUACCAACAAAUGAUCAUAAUUCAUUUUCUCCUAUGACAAAUGAUCAAUUAUUAAUUGAGAAUAACGAACAAGAUAAAUAUUUUAAUGUAUAUACAAAUAAUCAAUCAGAACUUUUAUGUUCAUCUAAUCGAUCGCCACCUGUUAAAGAACAUUCAUUUAUUCCUGUUAAAACAUCAACAGCUGAUGAUACACAAAUCUCUUCAAUAGUCUCAGGUUCAAUGGGUUUUUCAUACCAUAAACAACUUGCUUCACAAAAUAAUGAAAUUGGCAUUGAACCACAAUCUCGUGUAGUUUCAACUUGUUCAACAAUAAAUGAAUCUAAUAAUAUGAUGAUUGAUCUUCAAUUUAAAAUUCCUCAUCAACAUAAUCGAAAACCACAUUUAAUAUCUUAUCAUGAAAAUGAAAACUGCCUACUUAUUUAUUUGUUAUUUUCUCAUCAAUUAGAAUAUUUAUGUCUUAAUCCACGUCAAAUAUCGUUUAUUAAUUUACCAUCAAACGAGCAUUUAUUAAAUCUAGGUUAUUCGACAAAUUAUAAUUUAUUUUACUUUAGUAAUCGACAAACGAAAAAUUUUGUAUUAUUUCGCUUAAAUCAACAACAAAUUGAAUUUGAACAAGAAAUUAAUUUAAUCAGAAAUGAUGAUGAUAAUCUUAUAAGUGUACAUAUGUAUGAAAAUUUUGUAUUCUUUAUAUAUAUAUCCUUAUCAAUAGUUAUGCUUGGAAAAUAUGAUAUGGAAAAAUCAUCUUUUAUGUCUCCAUUUAGUUUUGAAGAUAGACUUUAUGAUGAUGUAGAACAAUCACAAUAUGAUAUAAUUGAUUUUGCAAUUAAUAAUUUCUACAUAAGUUUUUUAGUUCAUUUAAAAAAUAAAAAAAAAUUUAUGAUUGUUACACAUGAUUCUGCAAGUAUGGAUCGACUUUAUUCAUUUGAUCUAAUCGAUGCAAGUCAACCUUUAUCAAUUAUUUCAAUUGAUAAAAAACUGAAAUCAACAGCGACAACUACGUGUAAUAACCAGAUUGAAUUAUUGUUAUUUGUCAAUGACCCAAAAAGCCAUUUAAUACAUUGUUGUACUCAUCAACAAUACUUAAUACCAAUUCAAGUGAAUGCUUUUGGACUUUGUCCUUUAAAUGAUGGAAAUUUAGCUCUAGUUGGAAGUAGAGAUAUUCGAGGAUUAAAAAUUCAAGAUUAUCUUCAAGAAAAUAAUGUUCACUUUGAUUAA